UAUUUCAUCUUUUCUGUAGUAUGCUUGUCUGAUCCCAAGUGUAGUCAGGUUGUUUGUUUUCAGGAUUGGAAUUCCUAUUACAGGCAGUUCCCCCAGCCACCGGAAUUCCUUGAUGAUGGUUCUAACAAAGAUAUGGAGCAACAUCAAAUGUUCUCUGCAUUGUUGUUGUUCUGAUUUCUUCUCCUGUUUUUUGUGCAUUCAAAUUGUUUUCUCUGCACUGUUUCAGGCAGGAAAAGUUCAGUUUGGUUACAUGUAUGGCAUGAGUGCCAUUGGCUGCCUUGGGAUGCAUGCCUUACUGAACCUGAUGAGCUCUGCAAGGGUAUCAUAUGGCUGUGUGGCGAGUGUGCGUUACUGCCUGCUCCCCAUGGUCAUCCUCUCCAGCUGUGCCAUCUUCUUUUCAUUGCAGGGCACCUUUGGAGCUGUGUCAGCCCUGGUCAUCAUUGGCUGGUGUAGUCUUUCAGCUUCCAAGAUCUUCAUUUCAGCCUUGGACAUGGAAGGACAACAGCUUCUCAUUGCCUACCCUUGCGCCCUACUUUAUGGACUUUUUGCCCUCCUCACAGUUUUCUAAAGAAUGCUUGAGAUGGAUUUGCAAGAUUCUAUUUGUCUGCUCUUCACAUUAUUCUAGAAGUUUAUUGGCAUUGAAAUUUGUUGAUAUGAUUUUCGUUUUAUUACUGUUGAGAGAAUAAUAAGCAGAAAGUUACAACAGCACUUAAGGAUGGUGCUCUAAUGGUCUGUUUGGUUUGAAUGAUGUUUUGCUUUUCACCAUAGUGCAUUAAAAUAUUUUAAAAUAAAAAGGGAUGUGAUUGCUACACUGAUGGAUACUGCUUUUCUUAAUAGAUAUAUUUCUGAGAAAUCAUAAGUCAAUAAACAUAUGCUGUUUAUAAGAAUCUAUAGUUCUUCUUUUGAGAAAUUUUGUGCAAGCUGUGUGCAUGUAGUUAAAAAUUGCACAGUUUAGCACUGUUAGGGUCUAUAAGGUUUUAUUUAACCAAGUUUCAAAGAACCCCCUUUAAUCCACUUAUUUUAACAACUGUUCCUUGAUCUAUCCCAUUUAGAUAAUGCAUCGACUCACCAUUUUUUAAAGCUCUUAAUUCCCUCUUAGUUGGUUUACAUGCUGUGGUCCAUGACUAUAACUCCUCCCUUGCUUGUAUCUUAAGUAACUUUACUAUUUUCUCCUUAAAUGAAUGUUACUAGAGGAAAUUCCACUUCAUUCUUGUUCAUCACAUUGCCAUAUCUGAAAUGGCUCUCCAGCACUGUCCUUGAAUCCUACUACAUCUUCAUAUGAAAUUUGUUUUUAUAUUGAGAUGACCAAAUCUUAGUAGUUAUUUUCUGUUCAAAUCUCCAGUCCCUCUUCCUGUUAGUUGAUUCUUAUUUUAUUGAA